UUCUCUCGUGUCUCGUGCCGGUUCUUUCAGGAAAGAACAGGAAUUAAAUCGUCUUCUGAGCGUGUGUUGUGUUUAGACACUUUAUUCAAACAUUAGAGAUUUGAAGGAUUAAAAACUCACAGAGAUCAUCAUGGAUGUCGGAGAGCUGUUGAAUUAUCAGCCUGAUCGAGGUGCCAAGAGACUCAGAAAGGAAGACAGCCAUGAAGAGUCCAGAACUAAACACAGGAUGGCCGGCAGAGACUCUGGACAGGCUCUUCUGAAGGGAGAACCAAACAUUGAGGAGCAGGGAGGAGGAGAAGAGGGCGAGAAGAUUCUCGAGAGACUGAUGGACCAAGAUGGAGAAGAACCAGAGGGGGAGCUUGUGGAUGAGGGCACAGUGAAGAAAAUGAUCCUGACCUUUGAGAAGAGAUCCUACAAAAACCAGGAACUGAGAAUCAAGUUCCCGGACAACCCUGAGAAAUUCAUGGAGUCCGAGCUUGAUCUGAAUGACAUCAUACAGGAGAUGCAUGUCAUCGCUACUGUUCCAGAGCUGUAUCAUCUGCUGGUGGAGCUUAACUCUGUUCAUUCACUUCUGGGUCUCCUGAGUCACGACAACACUGAUAUCAGCAUCGCUGUGGUGGAUCUACUGCAGGAACUGACCGACAUCGACACCCUUCAUGAGAGCGAGGAGGGAGCGGAGGUUCUCAUCGAUGCUCUGUUGGAGGGUCAGGUCGUCGCUCUCAUGGUGCAGAACAUUGAACGUUUAGAUGAAACGGUGAAGGAGGAGGCAGAUGGAGUUUACAACACUUUAGCGGUGAUUGAGAACAUGGCAGAGUUUCGGCCUGGUCUGUGUACAGAAGCUGCUCAGCAGGGUUUGAUGCAGUGGCUGCUGAAGAGAAUCAAGUCCAAGAUGCCUUUUGAUGCCAAUAAGCUGUACUGCAGUGAAAUCCUCGCCAUUCUUCUGCAAAACAACGACAAAACAAGGGAGCUGUUGGGAGAAAUGGAUGGUAUUGACGUAUUGCUGCAGCAGCUUUCAGUAUUUAAACGUCAUAAUCCGUCCACGGCAGAGGAACAGGAAAUGAUGGAAAACCUGUUUGACGCUCUCUGUUCCUGCCUUAUGCUGCCGGCCAAUCGUGAUCGAUUCCUCAGGGGGGAGGGGCUUCAGCUCAUGAACCUCAUGCUCAGGGAGAAGAAGAUGUCUCGGGUCAGUGCUUUGAAGGUUCUGGAUUAUGGAAUGAUCGGUCCAGAAGGUUCUGAUAACUGUCACAAGUUUGUGGACAUCCUGGGCCUCCGAACGAUAUUUCCUCUCUUCAUGAAGACGCCCAAGAAGAUGAGGAAAGUCAGAAUAUCAGACAAGGCACAUGAAGAACACGUUUGCUCCAUAAUCGCCUCCAUGUUGAGGAACCUGAAAGCACAGCAGAGAGGUCGACUCCUCAGCAAGUUCACAGAGAACGACUGCGAGAAGGUGGACAGACUCAUGGAGCUGCAUUUUAAGUACCUAGACGCGGUUCAGCUCGCAGACAAGAGAAUUGAAGGAGAGAAGCACGAUUUGGUGCGUCGUGGCGAGAUCAUCGAUGAUGCGAUGGAUGAUGAAUUUUAUCUGCGCAGGCUGGACGCUGGACUCUUCGUUUUACAGCUCAUCUGUUACAUCAUGGUGGAGAUCUGUAACGCUGGCAUUUCACAAUUACAGCAGCGAGUGCAUCAGAUCCUCAACAUCAGGGGAGGAUCCGUCAAAGUAGUUCGUCAUAUAAUGAGAGAAUAUGCUGAAAAUAUAGGUGACGGCAAGAGCGAGGAGUUUAAAGAAAGUGAGCAGAAGAGGAUUAUGGAGCUACUCGAUAGCUUCUAAACUUCCACUCAGAGUUUGGCAUAGGUUUACCGCAGUGUCCCGCUGUAAAUACAGAGUUUUGUGUUUCCUGUGUCAUUUUUGAAGAGUUAACGUCUAAAUGAUGAUGCUUGGAUUUUUGACCUUCGCAAUCCCAACAGAUACUGAUUGAAUCUGGGUAAUGGACAUCUCUCCUAAGAAACAUUUUGUUUUUGUCUACUGGCUUUUUUUUUUUCUUUUUUUUUUAUAUAUAGACAUUUUGUUUUUGAUAAGCUGUAAGAACAACUUCAAUUUUCUUGUAAUUAAAGUUUGUGCUUUUCUUUAGUUUCUUUGGUGCUGGUUCCUUUUCUAGCUUUCAUACAUCAGCCUCCACUAGACUUAAUGUCUCAUUAGACCAGUUCAAGCAGAGAAAAACUCUUGUGCUAAAACAUACAUUAGGAAAAUGUUACAUUUACGACUCUGCGUUAUGUCUUUCCAGCAUUCCUUCAGACAGCUGAUUAAGCAAAGUCUAGUUUCUACUCUUAUAUUUAAUUUUUUUUUUUUUUAUGUAACAUCUUAUGUUAUAAAAAAGCAAAAAUCUGGGUUCCAGUGAGGCACUUGCAAUGGAAAUGUAUGGGAGCCAAUCUGUAAACGUUAAAAUACUGUUUCAAAAGUAUAGCCAAAAGACGUAAACAAUAUGCAUGCUACUAUGAUUUAAGAGUGAUAAAAUCACUUACUAACCUUUUCUCUGUAAAGUUAUAGCUAAUUUUAACUUCAGUGCGAUGAUGAUGUCAACAAACCCUAAAACGUCUGUAAAAAUGACAAUUGAAACAAUUUUACAGCUCAAAUAAUACAUGAGGUUUAACAGAAGAAUUAAUGUGUUUUAUCAAAUGAUAAGCUUCACAUUUAACACACUAAAUGCCUUUAAACUGUCUAAAAAUUUGCCUCAUUCACUUCCAUUGUAAGUGCCUCACUGAAACCUCGAUUAUUACUUUUUUAAAGAAAAGGAAAGACGAGUCAAAACAUUUUUUGUCUGGUAAUUAACAUUAUGCCACAAAUACAAAAUGUCGAUUGACAGCAUUUUUGUAUGAACUAUUUUGCUCCUACAUUUACAUUUAUGCAUUUGGCAGGCGCUUUUAUCCAAAGUGACUUACAGUG